GUCUGCAGGCACCUACUUGUUAUUGGCCAAGACACGUCUGCAGGCCAGUUAAUUUCAGUUUACGGAAUCCUGUGAGAUAACAUCCCCGGCGGCAGUAUUUUAAGAAGCUCUGGCCCGGAGUCCACCUCAGUCCUCAUCCGGUUCUGACUGCUCCGGUAUUACGUCUCGUCGAUCUAGGAACGGCAGACACCAUGUACUCCGGAAAGCUGGUUAUCCUGCUCGCCGUGCUGGCGGCUUGCUGCUCUGUCAGCUUGGCGAACCCCCACAUGGAGAAGGUGGACAAGUACAUGCACUGUAAGACGUGCGACAAGUACGCCCUCAUCAUGGACGGCUGGGUCUUCUCCAUGUACAACCUGCUCGUCGGCGUGGGCGUGAAGGUGCCUCACGCGCUCUGCUACUCCCUGCACCUCGCCUUCUUCCUGGUCGCUGUGCUCAAUCAUCUCUUGAAGGCUGACAUCCGUUUGCUCUGGACCGGCAUCAGCAACAUGAUAAAGGAGGUGAUAGCCGACGAGUACCUGAGAGGUGUCCUGAAAGAGGUCGGCUUGAAACUGAUCACCGUCAUUGAGUGCGUUCUGUCGAAGAUGCAUAUCGCGCUGAACUGGUAAUCCACACGUCUGCUUCUCUCUGAAGAAAAAGGAAAGUAGAACCAUGAACACCAUGUCCAAAUAUACGAAACAUGUCAAUUCAAUAAAUUAAAAUUUGAUUCCAGCAUACUCCGCACCCUUACAUUAUUUUUCUUUAUCUUUGAAGCACAGUCGUGUAUCCUCACAAUAAAGAACUAUACUGAGCAAGUUA